AUGGCGCUUCAAAGGCCACUGCCGGUGGAGACUCUCCUACCGUUCGACCAGAUUCGGUCCUCGGAAACGCGCGCCAUCCUGCAAGACGGCGACCGGCAAGACUCCAACACUUACAGUCAAUCCCCAGAUAGCCAGGAAGACGACGACGCGUCCGGCACUGAAAAGCCCAAGCGCCAGAAGCGCUCGCGCGCAUGUGUCGCAUGUCGCAACAUGAAGAUCCGGUGCCUUCCCAUAGAGGGUCAAGAGGCAUGCAAAGCAUGCUCCAAGGUGAAUCGUCAAUGCAUCAUGCCGGGGCCACCGCGAAAGCGACAAAAGACCGUCCACAAAGUCGCCGAACUCGAGAAGAAGAUCAACGCACUGACAGAAGCCCUACUGGCAAAACAGCAGCAGACGGACACCGGCAAGCUGGAGGCUGAGUCGCCGCCCAAGGACGCUGCAACAACUUCAAGCUCCGAGCCAGCCCGAACAGAGGAUACCUCCAACACCAGUCUGGACAGUUACCAUCGUGCUAUGAUAGAACAGGCAUUCCCGCCAACCGCUCAACCCCGAUUCAAUACGAGUUGCGGUGGCGGGCCUCCCUUCGAACCUCUUGCGAGGGACGAUUAUGUCGACGUCGUCGAGCGCGGAGACUUGACCGUAGAGUCCGCCACCAAGCUGUUCUCCUUCUGGAGGGGUCGCAUGUGUGAAACCACCCCGAUGAUCGUCUUUCCUGCUAGCGCUGAUAUCCAGGGGAUUCGGAAAACUCGGCCCAUGACCUUCUUGGCCAUUCUGACGGCUGCGAGCGCGGUAAUCCAACCUUCAGCCCAGCCUGCCCUGACCAUCGAGCUCAACCGCCAGAUCUCGGAAAGGGUGCUCUUCCACGGCGACAAGUCCUUGGACCUGAUCCAGGCAAUGCUGUUCAAUUCCCAGUACUACAUCAGGCCUAGGACUGCUCGAGAUAUGGCGUUCAACCUCAACAUCCAAGCCGCAAGCGUCAUGGCCCUGGAGCUUGGGAUAGGGAAACGGUCCAAGGUGGUAAGGAAUCCUGAAGAGGAGGCCGAACUCUGUCGGACAUGGCUCGCCUGUUAUCAGUCGAAUAUCACUGUCACCAACAUCCUUCGCCUUCCAUCACUUAUAAGGUUUGGACCCCGUGUCGAAGAGUGCCUUGAGACGCUCUCGAAAAGCCCGUACGCUGUCCCAAGCGAUAAGUGGCUAUGUGCGACCGUUGGUCUCGCCCGCAUUGCCGAAGAAGUCUCCGCGGCUUUCGACAUGGACGAUCCAGGUGCCGAGCUCAAAUUCACCGAGCCUAGGAUCCAGCAUCAGCUGAAAUGCUUCCAACGGCAGCUGCGCUUGUGGGAGAAAACAGUCGACGUCUCUAUUGAUCCGCGUCUCGUGCGACACCACUCAGCCUGUGCCAAUCUGUACAUCCACGAGAUUGCGAUCCACCACGACCACAACGUCGACGACUUUCGCGUCGCGGCGCAGUCGCUGGAGGAGCGCAAACAGCCCGAAAUCGUCACCGCGGCGCACGUUGAAGCCCUGUCGACCCUGCUGACCAGCAGCCACCAAGUGCUGGAUACCUACCUCUCCUUUGACUCCGACAACGCCCGCAUCCUUUCCAACCUCUACAUCGUCCGGAGCGCCUACGCCAUCAUGGUGCUCAUGAAGCUGCACUGGAUCUUCAACUCCCCCGAAUCCAAGUUCGGGUCCGUCUUCCUCCCGGACCUGCGCACGAGUUACUAUCUCGACGCACUGCUCGGUCGAUUAAGCGAGAUCUCGGCCGACGGGAUGAACCCAUGCGCCGCGGCGUUCGGAUUCGUCUUCACGAAGCUCAAAAUGUGGCACCUGCACCGCACGGGACAACUGCCCGAGGACGAAGCGGCUGGCGCGACGAGUAUCAUGCCACAGAACCCUGGGCAGGGGCAGAGGCAGGCGGUUCCCUCGGCAAAACGGAUGGACAUCCCCGGGAUUUUAGGGCCCGUUAGUAGCAAUGAUACGCCGACGACGACUCUACCGCAUCAACGCCCCUUUACGCCGAGCUUCAUGCCCGGGGGAAAUUGGAACAAUGGCGAAACUGUCGGGAACCUUCAAUCCGGCCAGAACUUGAAUGCCGCGUACGAUGCCGCGAGUUAUGGGCGGACGAAUUGGGAGCAGUUCAACUUCAGUACCGAGGAGUUGGACAUGUUUGAUAUAUACAUGAACAACAGUGGAUGGAUGGGGUAUUUGUUGUAG